ACCCAUGACCCAACGAUUCCAUUCACUUUACCAACUCCACACUCUCACCCCAAAAAACUGCUUCAACAAAACACACAGAAUCCGCAGUCAAAACCCUCCCAUGGAGAGAGAGACAGGGUGAGAAAAUGGGACAAUUCUGAAAUUUAGGGUUUCUAUUUUCGUCCCCCUUUUCUCAAAGGGACAGAAGGAGAAGAAUGAAGCAUUUGUUGGGUGGGCCUGGAACGGUUAGCGGGUGCUUGUUGAGGAUAGGACAAUGUGCAUUUGGUGCUGCUUCGAUUGGCCUCAUGGUCACAGCUUUUGGCUUCUCUACUUACACUGCUUUCUGCUAUUUGAUUGCAUCAAUGGGACUUCAAGUGCUCUGGAGCUUGGGACUUGCAUGUCUUGAUAUUUAUGCCUUGAGAAAAAAGAGAGACCUACAAAAUCCAAUUCUUGUCAGCCUGUUUGUUGUUGGUGAUUGGGUGACAUCGACUUUGUCACUGGCAGCGGCGUGCUCGUCAGCAGGAAUUGUAGUUUUGUACACAAGAGACCUAGACUUAUGCGCUACUCGCAAGGGUAAUCCUUGCAACAGGUACCAGAUUUCUGUAGCCAUGGCUUUUAUCACCUGGUUUUUUACUGCAAUGUCAUCCCACGUCAUGUUUUGGAUCUUGGCGUCCGACUAGCUCAACAUAUUUCCUUAGCUAGACAGAUGACCGCGCCAUAGACAUCAGAGUAUCGUUGAGAUCUUUUGUAAAUUUUUGGUUUUUGUUGUAUUAGCAAAUGUUUUCAUUGUCCCUGCUCAAAACUCAAUUGAUUUCUGUUUUUAGUCAUGCCACGUCCAGUCUAUAGAUAUAUAUAGAUUCUUUUUCAAUCAAAGCUUUGGAUGUGAUUCUGUGAUC